ACAAAAACAGUCCGUCUUUUUGCCAAGCAUGAGCUGACCUCGCGUAAAGACACUAUUCCUCUGGUAGCCCACUGUGUGACCGCCAUCUCCAAUUGGCUGGCAAUUGAGCAGUCCAGAGAGAAACGAGCGGUUGUUACUCAGUCAAUUCAUACCUGGCUGGAGAGAGUCAAGCUCCUGCGCAAUAGCUGUCUUGAAAACUCAAAGCAACCCCAAAUUUUUUCUAAUCCAGAGGACUAUAACGAAGCUUUGGUUCUGGACAUGGCGCAGCGGAUCUUUUAUACACUGCUAGAUAGUUUUAAAGAGUCCUGA